AUGGCCAAGGUGCAUACAUUGCAAGAUACCAAAAGUAUGGAAUCGAAAAAAAUACAAGGGCAGGGGUAUAGGCUUGGCAGUAUCUGCAAACAAGAACUCGAGGAUGCAUUACAUGUUAGUAGAAAAUGCUCAAUUACAACACAGGCUGAUGUAGAUAUUCAACGAUUUCGCUCUCGUGCUCUACAACUUAUUUCUGAAGUUAAGCGAUUGAGGGAAGAAAUAUCUGUUCACAAAUCACAAAAUAACCCCCAGCAGAUUGCAAUGAAUGAUUAUAAUAUCAAGUUGCAUGAUAUACAAAAUGCUUUAUCGGAAAAAUCAAAAGAAGCAAAGUCGCUCCAAACUAAGGUAAAGAAAUUGGGAGGUAACCUCACUUCAGCUCAAAAAAACUCAACCAUGAAAGAAUCUGAGGUCUUGUUCCUCAAAUCUAAAUUAGCUGAAUUAGAGCAAAUGAAAGAUGAAUUAUCCCAAAACCACCCUGUGACUGCCUUCAGCAAUGAUACUUCUUCUGUAUCACAAAGUGAUGCUCCCACAUCUAAUAAACCUAAGCUAGAUUUUAGUAAAUUUUUAAAACAUAGAAAUAAUAUGGACCAAACAGAAAGAAUUGAUGCACACCAAUCCAGUGAUACCAUAAAUAAGGUUAAUGAUGAUACAAAGCCUCAAAUCACCAAUUCCUUGAAAUUAUCUAAUAUGAAGUCUUCUACCAGUGAAGAUAGUCAUGCUGAUAACUCACAAAUAGUAGAGACUAAAAAUUUUUCAGAAGAGACCAUCUCUAAAACCGAUUUCAUUGGAAAUGAUCAAAGUUAUGCAACUAAAAUAGAAAUGGCCGAGAUAUUACCUAUUGGAGCAUUAGGGGCAUGUGAGACCUUGAAAAAUCUACAAAGUCCAAAUCCAAAAAUGGUUUUGAUUGAAGUAAAAUUUCAGGUAGGCAAUAUAUUUAUUGAUAUAUGCAAAGAUACAAUUGCAAUAAUCGUUCAAAAACUCCCAUUGGUUGGUCUUAGUAUAGCUUUAUGCAUUAAUCAUACUUGGAAUAAGGAAGUGAAACUUGAAUUGCAUAUGAGGCAUGAAAAGUUUAAAAAUCAAUAUUGGAGGACAGUAUCAGUAAGAUAUAUGGAAAUACAACUUAAACAUCAGGAAGAAGAGGGUAAGCGAUUUAGCAACUACAUGAGUACUGAUGACUAUAAAAAAACACAGCAACAAAAUGAGAUUUUUAGAUGGGAAAUUGGAUGGUUGUAUCCCUGGUCGAAAUAUGAAAUAGAGGAAACAAUUAAUCCUAUAGAUUAUGAACUUAAUAUACUUUUCAAUGAGACAGAGAUUUGGAGUUCAUUGUAG